AUUCAAUUUAAUGAGUCGUUGGCAGAUCUGCUCCAGUCAUUGAUGUACAACACACAGACAACGGGUAAUUUCGCGGCGUUCAUCCGGGUAUUCUUACGACGAGCUGCCGAAUUGAAGGCGUCUGAGUUGUGUCAAAAUACAAUAUUUUUGUGGCAAACAGCGAACGCGUUAAUAAUCCUUCGUUAUAUAUGCAAAUUCCUGACGGAACGCCUUACGGAAGCUGAAUUUGUGAAGGUUUUCGAUAAGAAAUUGGUGAUAAAGAAUGAAAAAGAUGUGGAUUCCGAUACGGAGGUAGAUGAGAACGUGGAUGGUGAGGAGGAAUACGAGAAUACGGCUGAGGAGUUUUUGGAUGCCUUGGUGGAUAUUUUGGUGGAGUUACCUGUGAGUGACACAACGCAAGCAAUUCAUAUCGAGGCAGUAAAGUGUGUGAUAGCGAUAUUGAGUUCGCAGUUAUAUCACGAUAACGUGAUGAAUUCAUCGAUAUUUUUUGCGUAUCUGAUGCGAGGGAAAUGGUUAGUUUUGGUUAUUUAUUGUGGUGGUUUGAUUGUGGUUAUGGUUUGGAUGGUUAUUGAGUUGGGUUUAGUAUUGUUAUUAUUAUUGUUGUGA